UCUCUCCAUGGAGCUCACUGUCAGGCUGUGUGCUGCCGGGUAGAUGUCAGGAGAACGGGGCUCCUUACUCUCUUGAGUUCUUUGGAUGAGGGGGGUCUGAGAGGUCCAUCCCCUGGUCCCAGGCCCGGACGCGCUCUCCAAGAGAUGGCUCAUGUUUCCCUCCUGCUGCUGUCACUGCUGCUCUUCUGGCUGUUCAUGUCUGCAAGAGCGCUGGAGAUGAUCGACCGAGACGCACCUGAACUCACCUGUAGCGAGGGUUUGACCGACUGCAGCGUGAGCGGAGAGUCUCAUUUCUCCGCCGCUCUGCCCGAUCCGGACGAUACAGUGAAUGUUACACAUGUGCAGCUGAAAGUGAUGCUGAACUGCUCAGCCAUACAAGACUGUGAACCCUACCUGCAAAUCAUCAUCUCCCUCCAAGACGUGAAUAAUGCAAGUGAGGUUUCUGAGGAGUCUGGUGACCGUAGUGAUGAAGAGCAGCCGUUUGGUACGAGUCCAAUGGCAGAUGAGCGUGAUCACUUUUUGCUUCCUGAGCCAAGAGCUUUGGUGAAAGUGUGUAUCAGUACCCCAGGCUCUAUUGAACUUUGGAAGACACUCCAGUUUAAAUCAAGCUACUCCGGUUUAGACCAAGCUUCUUCUCAACAGCCCUCACACAAGCUGCUGUUGACAGAGAAAACAAUGUUUGGCAGUCCGGUUGUGGUCCACGUUUACGGACAUUCAAAGGGAACAGACAACAUACAGAAUAUCACAAUCCCAUCAUUAGAAGAAGUUUGCUCCAUGAACCUAGAGGGGACUGAAAAGAAAUGUGCUGCUCCCAGAGUCCGAGCUGUGACGAAUCACAAGACAAAUGUGAUCCUCCUCCAAAUGGAAAACACAGAUGACGAGCUCAAGUGCUGGAUAGUUCGAAAUGACACUGGAGAGGUUCUUGCGUGGCCUGAAGGCAAAAGGGAAAUGGACCUUCCAUCACACUUUGUUAUACCAUGCCUGUGCCUUCAGGUAUGUUGCGAGGGAAUGGAGUUUCGAAGUGAAUUCUGCCCUUUCACAAACCAACGAGAUGCACUGGAAAGAAUGCAGCACAGUGUGACCGUGUCAAUGGAGGAGUCGCGGAUGAGGGAGGGGGGCACAGCCCUGAGGUGGAAUGUGACUGCUCCCUGCCGACUGGAGGCAGAGGUGAGGCUGUGCAAGAAAGACCUGGCAGGAGGCCAGUGUGAAGAGGUGACGGGCUCCAGACAAAGACUGCUCAGUCAUGUGCGUGCUGGAUGGAGUGCGACACGCCCUGGACAUUGGAAAACAGGAGAGUUCAAUGUGUCGUCACAUCCGCUGCUCUGUGUUCAGAUAAAGCUACAUGGGAUGGACUCAUAUUUAGAGCCCCAGUGUCCAUUUACAACAUCUCGAUGGAGAUGGAGCCUCCCAAUCCUCAUUGGACUACUACUGAUGUGUUUGGCCUUACUUGGAGCCUAUCUUAUACAAGGGGUCCUAAAAGGAUACAUGUGGAGAUGGUUGAAAGAAGAUGAUGUUAAAGGUGCGGUGGGUGGAGGUCACGUGGUGCUGCUCUACCCACCUUGUGACGACCCGGCUUUGCCAGAGCUGAUGAGUCACCUGGGCUCGUCCCUCCAAACCCUGGGCUUCAGUGUUUCUCUGGACCUGUGGAGUCAGACCGAGCUCAGCGCGCUGGGCCCUGUGCCUUGGCUCCACUCGAGACUGAACCGUCUGCAGAGGCACGGGGGCAAAGUGGUGCUGGUCCUCUCCCAGGCCGCCUGGAUCAAGGCUGAGGAGUGGGGAGCUCGUAGCUGGGAGAGAAACUCCCCCAAGGAGAGGAACAGAGACACGGAGGACGAGACGACAGGAAGAAGCUACACUGCCUCUUCUCCCUGUGUCGAUGUUUUUACCGCCUCAUUGAGCUGUAUCCUAGCAGACUAUUUGCAGGGUCGCGCCGGUGAGCGGUUUAUGUUGGUGCAGUUUGAAUCACUUCCGCCCGAGCCUCCGGGUGGUUUCCGGCCGCUGCCAGAACUUUUCCGCGGCCUUCAUCUCUACAGCCUCCCCUCCCAGAGCCUGGGCUUUCUGACUGAACUGGCCGGGGCUCGGCAAAUGGCCACUGCAUCGGCCAGACGGAAAAGGGCAGGUGGGCUGAGGAUGGCCUCCCGAGCUCUGGCACAGCGGCUGUCCGGGUUCACAGCAGGGACAACUGUAUUACGCCUUGCCGGAGUGCCACAGAGUUGCGUUGGGGUGGGAGUUGAAGACUCGGGGGAAACGGUGCCGUUACAGUCUUGUCUUAUCACGCCGCCCUCCAGUCCUGACUCAAUGGAAUGGGUCUGACUGCAGAAGAAGACACAAAACCAAGCUUCAAUUUAGGAACGAGAGACCAGUAAUGAGAUGAAGUGAUUUCUCUUGGAGAUGCUCAACAUCUGGAGCUUAGUUGAAAAGAGGGCUGAGGUGUUUCAUGUGUCAGCGGAAACAGUAGCUACAGUUACAGUUAUAGAGAAGUAAAAGCGCACAAAAAAGCAUUGUAGUCAAGACCCCCUAAACCAAGACCAUGUCAUGACCAAGACCAGAGAAGACUUUGAGUGGUUAAGACAGAGACAAGACCAAGACUUUGAGGUUUUGAGACCAAGUCAAGUCAAAGUCAAGUCAAGUCACCAAGACCAAAAAACCAAAAGUAGACCACCAAAAUUACACUAGAAUGAAAAAGCAAUUUACCCCAUUGUUUUGUACACAUUGUAAUACAUUGUAUUACUAGGGGGUUAGAAGUAUUUUGUCAACAGCUGCGACGGUACAAAAUGGUUUUGAGACCAUGUCAAGACCAAGACUCUUGACUCUGUAUUUCUGUCUAAACCGAGCCACUGUGUCUGACAUAUUUACCAGUAUUUCACAUUCUGCAUGCACAUGAAGCGUAUUUCAUAUACUGCUUUACAUUUUAUUGUAUUUUUGCUGUGGCUCAAAGGCAACACUAUUGCAAAUAAGCUUUACUUUUAAAGACGUUUUACAGAAAAACAGCUUUUCCACGAUUCUGCUUCAGUUGAGUUCAGUUUUGUGUGUUUUUAUUCAAAACAUUGUUAAUACAGUAUAUGAGUACAGUCAUAAAAAGUAAUUGAUAUAUAGGAAAUGUUACACCUUGAUAAGCUAUCUGAAGCUUGAGAAUGAGAUCCAAAACACUAAGCAGAUGGUGUUUAAUUAAUGUUUAAUUAACACAGAUAAGUGUGUGUAUUGUACAGUAAUAUUAACAACUAACAAAACACCUCGGACCCUAAAAACUAAUUAACCUAUCUACUAAAUGGUACCAAAACAUGAAUUUCAUCAGACUUAACAUUGAUAACAAAUGUUUGUAAAUAUGUUUGGGGUAGAGUAUGAUGUGUGUUUUUUAGUAUGAUACUGUAAAUUCUAUAUACUAAAUAUAGCUACUAUACACUAUUCACAAUGCACCAUUAAAAUUUUACUGGUACAAAAUAAAAUUUAUCAGGGCAUACAAAAUUUGUGUUUUACAAAUAUAAAACCUCCAUGGAUCACUAAUUCAUAAUAAGUGUUUCACGAUUCUUGCUCAUCACUUGCUAUUUUAAAGUAAAUUCUGAUUCGGCAUUGUUUAAAUGUAAUGAAUUAUUGUAACCACAGAAUUGAAGGGACAAAUGCAUACAAUAAAGACAUAAAAAGCCUAUGAAGAACCAUUCAAAUCAAAUCAUUGUAUGGGGACCACAGUAGCAGUUAACAGUAAAUUGCUGCAAUGAAUAUGAAGUUCAAUGUAAUACAGUCAGUAACUGUAAAUUACAUAUAACCUCUGCACUAUACCAUAAUGCAAAUUACAUUAACUGUAAAGAUGUUUUGCAUUUUGCUGUAUUUAAACUGUAAAAAUGACGACAAAGGCUAACUUUGGAAAGCCCUGACAUGAAGACUAUGUAAAAAACUAAAAUAAGCUAUUUCCUUUCGCUUUAUAGUGAGUAUAUAUACUUUUUUUUUUCUUGUCCAGGUUAUGUCUGUUUUUAUACUGCGUUUUGGUGUACUGUUGAAGGUGGGAUUGAAUAAAG